AUGCGGGUGAAGGUGAAGACUUUAACGGGUAGAGAUAUUCUUGUUGAUAUUGAGCCAACUGACAAGAUCAUAGGAAUUAAAGAAAUGAUGGAGGAGAAAGAAGGAAUCCCACCUUCACAGCAGCGUUUGAUUUUUAAUGGAUCACAGCUUGAUGAUAACAGCACUGUUGAAGAGUCAGGGAUCGGGCCAGGAGCCUCAUUACAUUUGGUUUUGACAUUGAGAGGAGGCUAG